CUAAACUCUGCAUAUUUAUUCAUUUGUUUCUUUUUUCUUUUUUCGAAAUGAAUGGAUAGAGAGAGAGGGAGGCUACCUCCGCCUAUGUAUUUUUAUGUGGUGGAUGCGCAUGGAAAGAGAUUAUUUUAAGGGGAAUAGUAAAAACUGGCGCAUAAAUGUUUUCCAUUUAACAAACAACAGCAAGUAGUGCUACCACAGGAGAAGAAAACUAGUUUUAUGGUCUUGAUUGUUUUCUCCUCCUUAUCCCCGGAUUGUAGCUGUCCCUUUAGAUACCACUCGCUUGGUUCUUUAUGAGUUACAUCUGAAGCUUCCAAGAGCGGCGUGGCGAUAGAUUAAUCAACCAGGCACAGCAGCUGAUUUGCUCGCUGUUCAUCAAGAAAGAGAUAAUUAAGUAAAAGGAUUCUUGCAUAUGUCUGCCGCUUCUUCGUCUGUACAGUUGUUUGGAACUAUAGAAGAAAAUCGAAUGGAGAUGAAAAAACAACAUUCCUGCACGACUCCUACCUUAGCUGCUCCAACCACAGCUCCACCGAAGAAAAGGAGAAACCUUCCAGGAACCCCAAAUCCAGACGCAGAGGUGAUAGCACUAUCUCCCAAGACCCUAAUGGCAACAAACAGGUUCAUAUGCGAGGUAUGCAACAAAGGGUUCCAAAGGGAGCAAAACCUACAGCUCCACAGAAGAGGACACAACCUUCCUUGGAAGCUAAGGCAGAAGACUACAAAAGAAACCAAGAGGAAGGUGUAUCUAUGCCCCGAGCUCACUUGCGUCCACCACAACCCCUCCCGAGCCCUGGGCGACCUCACAGGCAUCAAGAAGCACUACUCCCGCAAGCACGGCGAGAAGAAGUGGAAGUGCGAAAAAUGCUCCAAGCGCUAUGCCGUGCAGUCCGACUGGAAAGCCCAUUCCAAGACCUGCGGUACUAGAGAAUACAGAUGCGACUGUGGUACUCUCUUCUCCAGGCGCGAUAGUUUCAUAACUCACAGAGCCUUCUGUGAUGUGCUGGCUCAGGAAAGUGCAAGGCAUCCCACCAACCUAAACACCGUGGGCAGCCAUCUAUAUGCUACCAACUACGUGAACUUGGGCUUAUCUCAAAUGGGUUCCCAAAUUUCACCUUUGCAAGACCAGCAGCUCCAACCCUCAGCUAACAUCUUACGGCUGGGCAAUGCUGGUGCUGCGAAAUUCGAGCACCUCAUCCCUCCAUCGAACCAGUCUUCUUUCAGACAUCCUUUCCAACCCAUGCCAUCGCCAGCGUUCCUAGUACCGGACUCGAGCCAAAGCUAUAUUGAAAACCAACCUCCCUCUGGCUCGUUAUUACCUAACAAGCAAUUUCAUGGUUUGAUUCAACAUUCUGAUUUUGAAAGCAACACAAACAGUUCCCCCUCGGGGGCUGCAGCUACUUCUGCCAAUCUUUUCAAUCACCUCAGCUUCCUUACAUGCGGAAGUCGCAGCAGCAGCAUCAGUAACACUGAGAAUGCGAAUAACAACAAUCUGUCAUCUUCUGGUUUACUGCUUCCUGAUCAGCUAACUAGUCACAUUGGCACAAGCUUUUGCUCCUCUCUCCUCAGCAGUACGUCAGUGCAACAGGAGAACCCCAUCAGCCCACACAUAUCUGCCACUGCACUUCUGCAAAAAGCUGCUCAAAUGGGUUCAACCACCAGCAGAAACGGUUCGUCUUUGCUCAGUAGGUCGGGAAGCCAAUCAGAUAUUGGGCAGCUCUUGUCCAGUAACUUGGGCGGAAGUUUUCGAGGUGAUGAACAUGAAGGCAUCCUGAGAUCACAGCUUGAAAGUGAAAAUAAUCUCCAAGGGCUGAUGAAUUCUCUAGCAAAUGGGAGCUCUAGUUCAUUCUUUGGUACUGAUAUGAGCAAUGUGGAUGAAGGUAAAAUGAACCAAAUUGCAACAGUAAGCUUGGGAGGAUCUGACGAUAGAUUGACGCUGGAUUUCCUUGGGGUUGGAGGUGAGAUGGUGAGGAGCGGGAGAGGAUACUUCCAGAGGCAACAACAGCAUGGAAUUGGCAUGGGCUCCUUGGAUUCGGAAACGAAAUCUGCGCAGGCAAGUAGGCCAUACAAUGGCCCAUAAUAUAUAGCUGCAUGAACUGACUACGUGCUGUCUUACAAGAAAUAGAUUAGUGAGCAAGAAUGUUAAUAAGGUGCACAUGUUUGGUGAAUGUAUAUCUAUGGAAUAGUUGAAUCGGCCUGUUCUGGUAUGUGUGGACUUCAUUUGCAAAAUGGUCCAUUACGUUGUCCUUGCUCUGACAAACUUUCGUCUUUCUCUCGCUCUGAGAAUUGUCUCAUUAUUGUCUUCAUUCUUCCCGUGACCUAAUUUGUCUUCAGCCACUGACUAUCCUACUCUGGUGGGGCGCUUGAGCAUUCGGCGAGUAACCAGCGGGUUACAAUUUAUGAUAACAUGUUCUAGCUAGGCUCCUUGGCAAAAGUUAAUUAGUGAAGUCGAUAUAUGAUCAGUUCAAAUGUUCGAUGUUUGGUGGGGAAAAUGAUUCUUGGAUAACUUUAUAUCUACGCUGUGCUAUGGGUCAUUUUAUAAUAACAAAUUCUGUCCUAUUUAUAUUUCAUUUCUAUCAAA